CCCGGCGCGGCCUCGGGGCUGCCCAUGGGGCGCGGGGGGCCGGGCCGGUGACGGCGGACGCCCAUGGCCGCCCCUGCGGAGCCGCUGCCGCCGGUGAUCUACACCAUGGAGAACAAGCCCAUCGUCACCUGUGCUGGAGAUCAGAAUUUAUUUACCUCUAUUUAUCCAACGCUUUCCCAGCAGCUUCCAAGAGAACCCAUGGAAUGGAGAAGGUCCUAUGGCCGGGCUCCAAAGAUGAUUCACCUAGAAUCUAACUUCGUUCAAUUCAAAGAGGAGCUGCUGCCCAAAGAAGGAAACAAAGCCCUACUUACUUUCCCCUUCCUUCAUAUUUAUUGGACGGAAUGCUGUGAUACGGAAGUGUAUAAAGCUACGGUAAAAGACGACCUUACCAAGUGGCAGAAUGUUCUGAAAGCUCAUAGCUCUGUGGACUGGCUGAUAGUGGUAGUUGAAAACGAUGCCAAGAAAAAAAACAAAACCAACAUCCUUCCCCGAACUUCUAUUGUGGACAAAAUAAGGAAUGAUUUUUGUAAUAAACAGAGUGACAGGUGUGUCGUGCUCUCUGACCCCCUGAAGGACUCUUCUCGAACUCAGGAAUCCUGGAAUGCCUUCCUGACCAAACUCAGGACAUCGCUUCUUAUGUCUUUUACCAAAAACCUAGGCAAAUUUGAGGACGACAUGAGGACCUUGAGGGAGAAGAGGACCGAGCCAGGCUGGAGCUUCUGUGACUAUUUCAUGGUCCAGGAAGAACUUGCCUUUGUGUUUGAGAUGCUGCAGCAGUUUGAAGAUGCCCUUGUACAGUAUGAUGAACUGGACGCUCUGUUUUCUCAAUAUGUUGUCAACUUUGGUGCUGGGGAUGGUGCCAACUGGCUGACUUUUUUCUGCCAGCCGGUGAAGAGCUGGAAUGGAUUGAUCCUCCGAAAGCCCAUAGAUAUGGAGAAGCGUGAAUUGAUACAGAGGCAAGAAGCCACCCUGUUAGAUCUGCGCAGUUACCUGUUUUCUCGCCAGUGCACCUUGCUCCUCUUCCUGCAGAGGCCGUGGGAGGUGGCUCAGCGCGCCCUAGAGCUGCUGCAUAACUGUGUGCAGGAACUGAAGCUCUUGGAAGUCUCUGUCCCGCCUGGUGCUCUGGACUGCUGGGUGUUCCUGAGUUGCCUCGAGGUGCUGCAGAGGAUAGAAGGGUGUUGUGACCGGGCGCAGAUUGACUCCAACAUUGCCCACACCGUGGGUUUAUGGAGCUAUGCCACUGAGAAGCUAAAGUCCUUGGGCUAUCUGUGUGGACUUGUGUCAGAAAAAGGACCUAACUCAGAGGACCUCAACAGGAUAGUUGAUCUUUUGGCAGGUUUGGGAGCUGAGCGACCUGAAACAGCCAACACAGCUCAGAGUCCUUAUAAGAAACUCAAAGAAGCAUUAUCAUCAGUAGAAGCUUUUGAAAAGCACUACUUAGAGCUGUCCCAUGCUGCCAUUGAGAUGCACACGAGCAUCGGGAGGACCCGCUCUGCCAGGCUUGUCGGGAAGGACCUGGCUGAGUUUUACAUGAGGAAAAAAUCUCCACAAAAGGCAGAAAUCUAUCUUCAAGGAGCAUUGAAAAAUUACCUGGCUGAGGGCUGGGCGCUCCCCAUCACGCACACAAGGAAGCAACUCGCCGAAUGUCAGAAACAUCUUGGACAAACUGAGAACUACCUUCAGACCAGUAGCCUUUUGGCCAGCGACCACCACCUAACUGAAGAGGAGCGGAAACACUUCUGCCAAGAGAUCCUCAGCUUUGCCAGCCGCCAGACAGACAGCCCAGGUCACAAAAUAGUACUCCCUCUGCAUUGUUUUGCACAACUGAGAGACCUCCAUUUUACCCCUUCCAACGCUGUGGUCCACGUGGGCGGUGUUUUGUCCGUGGAGAUAACCAUGUGCAGUCAGAUGCCCAUCCCCGUCUACGUGGAGCAGAUCGCCAUCAACGUCCACUUCAGCAUCGAGAAAAACAACUACCGGAAGACCGCUGAGUGGCUUACCAAGCACAAGACGUCCAACGGGAUUAUUAACUUUCCGGUGGAGACCUCGCCUUUCCCCGCAUCCCAAAACAACUUACCAGCGCUGGAGUUGUAUGAGAUGUUCGAGAGGAGUCCUUCUGAUAAUUCCUUGAACACAACAGGGAUUAUAUGCAAAAAUGUCCAUAUGCUCCUGAGAAGACAGGAGAGCAGCGCUUCUCUGGAAACACCAUCAGGUGUGGCUCUGGAGGAUGGGGCCCACGUGCUGAAAUGCAGCGGCGUAACACUGGAGCCGGGGGCCAAUAGGAUCACGUUCAGGACACAGGCCAAGGAGCCUGGAACAUACACGCUGCGGCAGUUGCGCGCCUCAGUGGGCCCCGUGUGGUUCGUCCUGCCUCACCUGUCCCCGCGGGUGCAGUACGACGUGUACUCUCAGGAGCCGCAGCUGCACGUGGAGCCGCUGGCCGAUAGCCUUUUGGCUGGUAUUCCUCAGAAGGUAAAGUUCACUGUCACUACUGGCCAUUAUACAGUAAAAAACGGGGACAGCCUCCAGCUCAGCAACGCAGAAGCCAUGCUCAUCCUGUGUCAUGCAGAGAACAGAGCAGUGAUCUACUCCAACACAAGAGAAAAGGCUUCUGAUGUGUCGCUCCGGGUUCAGUCGUCUGACAAGGUCACAAGCAUCAGCCUGCCUGCUGCUCCUGCGUACCACAUGAUUGAAUUUGAACUGGAAGUUCUCUCUUUACCUUCAGCUCCAGUAACUGGAGGAGACAGCAGCACGCUGGGGGUAACAGAGCCCCACAGGAAGCAUAAGGACACACAGAAAGCUGGCUACUGCAUGGCUACCACAGACCAUAAAGUGUCCAUUGACUGCCCGUGGUCCAUCUACUCCACCGUCAUCGCCCUGACCUUCAGCGUGCCCUUCAGGACCACACACUCGCUCCUGUCAGCCGGCACACGGAAAUAUAUUCAAGUUUGUGUCCAGAACUUGUCAGAACUUGACUUUCAGCUGUCUGACGGUAACCUUGUGGAUACUGGCAGUAGUGGUGACCUGCAGCUGGUACCGCUGAACACCAAGACCCCGCAGCACAUCUACAGCAAGCAGUCAGUGUUCUUUGUGUGGGAGCUGAAGUGGACGCGGGAGCCUCCCCCUUCUCUGCGCUGCCAGUUCUCCGUUGGAUUCUCCCCAGCUUCCGAAGGACGGCUCUCUAUCCCCUUAAAGCCGUAUACUUACGAAUUUCAAGUGGAAAAUUUUUUUACAUUGUAUAGCGUGAGAGCUGAGAUCCUGCCCCCCUCAGGCACGGAGCACUGUCGGACAGGCUCGCUGUGCUCCCUGGAGGUGUCCAUCACGCGGCUCUCGGACCUCCUAGAGGUGGAUAAGGACGAAGCACUGACAGAGUCGGACGACUAUUUUUCGACCAAGCUUAUGUAUGAAGUGGUGGACAACAGCAGCAAUUGGGCAGUGUGCGGGAAGAGUUCUGGCGUCAUCUCCAUGCCUGUGGCCGCGCAGGCCACUCACCGGGUCCACAUGGAGGUGAUGCCCCUCUUUGCGGGGUACCUCCCCCUUCCCGACGUCAGGCUGUUUAAAUACCUCCCCCAUCACUCUGCGCACUCCUCACAACUGGAUGCCGACAGCUGGAUAGAGAACGACAGCCUGUCGGUGGACAAGCAUGUGGAUGAGCAGCUGGACAGCGGCAGCAUCAAGAGCAGGGGCAGCGUGCACUCGGCCUCCAGCAGCGAGCACAAAGGCUUGCCCAUGCCCCGGCUCCAAGCGCUGCCGCCCGGCCAGGUCUUCAACUCCAGCACGGGCAUGCAGAUCCUGGUCAUCCCCAGCAAAGACGACCAUGUGCUCGAAGUCAGCGUCACAUGACCCCGCCUCGGGUCGGCACACGCCCCCGGCCGGGUGUGCGCGCGCUUGAAGGGAUCCUGGCUCCACUGCUCUCUCCAUCGCAACAUUCUCGCGCUAACCAGACUUUCGGUGAUCCUGCCUGGCCACGGAAGCCUCCGAGGAGUUCGGCGUGCGGCUGGUCGGCUGAGUUACAGCGUUUAUUUUUGUGUUGUCAGUGGUGUUGUUACUCUCUCAUCUCCCCAUCCCAGUGUCCCUGUCCCCGUGCCGGCGUCCUGCAGUGUUGGCCCAGAGCCCCACUCCCUCCCGUCGCCCCCUCCCCGCUCACCUGGCAGCCUCCUGGUCCACGGGUUCCUUCUGGAGUCUGUGUGCCCUCCGGGGAGACACACGGCUGCCCCCUCGAUACUGGACCAGGUGGAUCCGUGAGUCUCCUGGGGGAUAAAACACUGUCCUUUAUCCCAGAUGAGCAGUGCUUUUCUAGAAUAACAACUCCCCAUUAGGGCAGGUCAGUGAGGCUGAGGGCUGGGGUGGGGUGGGAACAGAACCCCUUCUGUGCCUUGGGGGUCGCACGGGGCGGACCUGGAACCUCCAUUAGCUGGAGCCAUCUUAAAGGUACUUUGGGAAGAUUAGACCAGGGCCUAAGGGACGACUUGGCAUCGAAGUAGUUUAGGAAUAACUGUUUCUGGAACCCCUGCUCCCCAUGAUGUUGACUGAAUGUCAUAUGCACUUGGAAUUAAAUAUGUAUUUAUUUUAAUUAUCAUUAUAUAUGUGGGGGUUGAUACAUUGUUUUCUUCUCACCUUUAAAGUCUUCACAUGUCAUCGUCACUGUGUAAUCAAUAUGUUUCUUCUGCACCGGAGUCCUAGACAUUAAGAGGCUCCAUUUCAGGGGAGAACUGGGAGUGCCCUCUCAGUGUGCUUCUAGUUUGGUUGUGGGAAGGACGAAAGUCUUGGAAUGUUCUCUGCCGGCCCACUAAAAUUGCCAUCAUACCAUACCAAUGGAUUAAUUUGCUUUCGGUUGUAAAUUUAAUUGUACAUAUGGUUGAUUUAUUAUUUUUAAAAGUACAGACUAACUGAUGUAAUGUUUAUGUAUAAGUUGCACCAAAAAUCAAGGAUAAAAUAAAUGUGUGUUUGUUUUUACUGGUGUGAGAGUCACAGCUUGUAAAUAAGUGUUGGGUGUAUGCAACCUUUUCCAGCUCUCCAAAGCGAUGUAUUUUUGUACAUAAGAAAUAGAGAACUCUUACUUCCCUGGCAAGGCGUGGUUGGAAUCGAGCCUGACCGGGCUGCUGCAAGUGAGUGUAGACAGGUCCAGCACGGGGUGCGGCCGCGCGGGAGCAACCUCAAGCAUGUGAGCCCGAGAGGAGAGGGGGCCUCUGCAGCAGCUGCCGCCAGUCCUGCCGGUCACCUGUGGGUGUGGGAGCGAGGCUGGCGGGGUGAUGGGGUGGGGUGGUGGUGGGGAGCAGGGAGCGGGGGCCGGCGGGAAGCUCGGAGCAACUAGAACAGAGCAGUCGUGUCCACGCUUCUGUGCGCUGUCUUUUCACUCAACAAAUGAGGUGGCGUGAUUCCCCCUACCCUGCCCCCUGUCUUUUUCAUUUACAGAAAUUGGAAAUGUGUAAAGAAGAUCAAUAUCUGUGUGUUUAAUUAAACUUUUCAGAAAUUUAUCUUCCUUAGGUGCACUUUAAAACUAAUCAACGAGUUAGGCAAAUUAGAGCUUCAGAAUCUAAUAAUAGAUAGUUUAGGGUUUCUAAAAUAAGUUUGUUUUGUUGUAAAAAAUUGAUGUUUUCCCUACAGAUCUGCCUUCAAGCCCUGGGAAUAAAGAGAUCUUUGAGAUUCGAUUCUGUCAUAAAAGCCUCACACUCUGUAUAAUGUGGCUUUCCCUCUCACCUUCCGGAAGGGGGAUUUGAUUCGAUGGUUACCUUAUUUCUGCUUGAUUUCUUUGUGUCUGGGUUCUAAUCCCGCGAUGAAAUUCUCUAGUUGUAUAAUAUACUUAGAGGGAAAAAAAUGAAGGGGGAAUCCAAAAUGCUCGUGGUGGUUUCUUUCUAUCUUCAGUUUGUAUAAAAUCAAAUUUAUUGCAGGUUUGGCGCUCCACCACCCCACCCUGGGAAUUACCCAAAAGAUCUUUUGCAACCUAAGUUACAUGGGUGCCUCUGUUUUUGUUUGGUUCUACACAAAAGAAAAAUGUCACCUAAGCUUCACUUUUUUUUUUUUUUUUUAAGGCAGUACUUGGAUUUUUGUUGUGUUUAAAAUAAAAUAAGGCUUAUACGUUUGAGACAAGCUGGUUUUGUUAAUAAAGAUGCAGCAGCUGUUAAAUAAUUGUGAAGCCGGAUAUAGAAUGUGCAUCUAAAAAGCAGAAUAUGCAGCCGUUUUACACAUAUUGUGGAAGAUGUAAAUACUAGCAAAUGGAAAAGGAAAUAAGUUAUAAUUUUGGUGAAUUUCAUGGGGUUUCCUAUGAUCGGAAAAAUUAUAACUUCUGAUUCUAAUAUGGGAAUUGUAUUUAAUCUGAAAAUGACUUUUACCUACAGUCCAUUGUCAGCGCAGCUGGUCAUGGGUUGGAUUCGUGUACCAGUAAGUCUUGGUUGGUAUCCCAUGGUUAGCAGAGGAGAUACACACCGGCUCCGGUUCAGUGUUUCUUUAGUGUUUAAAGUAAGCUUGAGUUAUAAAAUGAAAUCAAGGAGUCUCUCCAGAUGUGUACAUAAAAUGAAACGUUAUACCACUUUUUAAAGAACAAACUAUGCUGAUCUAAAUGUUUUUGCUGUCGAUUGUGAUCUUUAAAAUAAAUCCAUGAUUUUGGAAUUUGAUUUUUCAUGGAAGUGCCCCUUUCUCUAAAUUUAGCCGUCGACUAUAUCAGGCUGUAAGACCCGAAAGCGUCGUCAAUAAAAUUUGCUGGGAUUCUGUGACUGGAAAAGGUGACAAGUUGGUGACUUUGACACUGCAGGUAUUAAUUCCAUUUUCAUGGUUUACUAUGAGAGUCAUUUUUCACAUUAUUCUGUAAUAUAUUGUUAGACUAAAGCCAUUGUAUUAAGACUGUUUAAAAUGUAAGCAUUGUAAUUCUGAAAAUACACAUUUUAAGAAGAAA